AUUUCAAGCCCAAUAUUGUUUUAUUGUGUAGGCUUUUACAUUUGGGCCUUGAAUGAAAAUAUCUUCCUACUUAGCUGAGUGAAGAAAAGAGGCAGCUCAAGAACAUUUCUCCUUGCUCUAAAGCAUAGAGUUUUUCGCCGACUUCCACAGAGAACAAACCGUCAAACAAGAUGAUAAAGAUGAAAUUGGAUAAUUAUUGGAGCGAAAUACUCGGAGCAACGGAGAUGAAUCAAAGGCUAGUUCCUUAUAUUUCGGUUAGGGAAGUUUUUGAGUGUUAUCAGAUCCGUAAUUUUGGGGAGCAAAAUGGAGGGAAUAUAAUCUGAAUUUCGGCGGAGAGUUGCGAGAUCGAAGAGUGAACAGAGGUGGUAGACGAGUGAACAGAGGUGGCUUGGUUCUGUGCAUGGUUACUCUGAUCAUCUACUGGAAGCUUUUGAAAUUUUCAACAUCAAAGAUUGAGAAAUUUUGCGGCAAGGAACCAGGGACUUAUAAUUAAUCCUUUUUCUACUCUUCCUGUAGCUAAAAGGACUCGUGCUCAUAUACUGGAGCAAGCUCGUCAUAUUCCGUUACCUCACAGUGAAAGUUCAUCUUCGGACGAGGAGGGUGAAUAUAUUUUUGAGAUGGGUGAUCAAACACUAAAGCAGCUUGCAGCUCCAACGUUUGAUCCAAAUUUAUUGUGCAUAGUAGACGAUGAGGCAGAAAUUGAGAUCAAGCCGGGGUUGAUUAGAGCUCUUCCCACAUUUUCAGGUUUCCGUAAUACUAACUCCUUGGGUUCAGUUCACAUGAAUGAGGCUAGCAGAUUUUUGAAGAAAUUUCACAUAGCAUGUGCGGGGAUGAAACCGGCUGGUGUCACCCUCGACCAGCUCAAGUUGAAGGCAUUUCCUUUUGCCUUGUCUGAUGGUGCCAAGGAGUGGUUAUUUGAAGUACCUGCUGGAACCAUCACAACAUGGGAUCAAAUGCUAAAAGUAUUCGCAGAAAGAUAUUUUCUAGCAUCUUUGAUAGCCAAUAUCAGGAAAGAAAUAUGUGGAAUUCGACAGGACGAUGCAGAGACACUUCAUGAGUACUGGGAACGUUUCAAGAAACUAUGUGAUAGUUGCCCAAACCAUCAGAUCAGUGAGCAAUUAUUAAUACAGUACUUUUACGAAGGACUCAGGGAGACAGACAGGAAUCUAGUUGAUGCAGCAAGUGGUGGAGCACUGGUUGACAAAACACCCGCAGAGGCAAAGAAACUGAUUGCAAACAUGGCUGCAAACUCUCAGUAUCGAGGAGGUCGAAAUAUCACGUCCACCUCUAUACGUCAAGUUAAUGAAGUGGUGAGUUCUAACCUCGAGCAACAAGUAGCUAAACUCACUUCCUUAGUGGAGCGAGUAAUGAUCGAAAAAGGGCAAGAAAAAGUAUGUGGCCUUUGUUCAAUGGUAGGACACCCAACUGAUAUGUGUCCUACUCUGCAAGAAGAAGAAGUGAAUUCGAUUGGUGGUGGUCAGGGGCAGCAAAGACGUUAUGAUCCAUUCUCUCAGACUUAUAAUUCGGGGUGGAGAGAUCAUCCAAACCUGAGAUAUGGUAAUGCUCAGCAGCAGGCAGGCAACUCUAACCUCAGACCACCAGCUUUCCAGCAACAGCAAGCUUCUAAUCCUCCACCUGGGUUUCAUCAGCAACCACAAUAUCAGCCGCGACCUCAAAAUCAACAAGUUUCCCAGCCACAAUCUGGUAGCAUGUCUCUGGAAGAUAUUGUGAAGGCAAUGGCUGACAACACUUUGCAUUUCCAGCAAGAGACAAGAAGUGGUCUAAAGAACUUGGAGAACCAAGUUUCUCAGUUAGCUAACACAGUGGGAAAGCUCCAAGCUCAGAACUCUAAUAAGCUUCCGAGUCAACCAGAGAGAAAUCCAAAGGAGAACGUGAGUGCAAUCUCCCUGAGAAGUGGCAAGCAAUUAGAGGUUCCAACGAAAAAGACUGAAGAGCUGGCAGCACACCAAGAGGAACAAAGGACUAUUGUUCCAGAGCAAGAUAAGCAGCCCACUAAGGUAAGAGAUGUUGUUUCUCCCAAUACUGAUCAGUUUACUUCUUCUAUUCCAUUUCCCAGCAGGUUAUCAUCUAAGAAUAAGAAGAGAGAGCAAGAAAAGGAGAAAGAGACCCUGGACAUUUUUCGCAAGGUUGAGGUAAACAUACCUUUACUGGAAGCUAUAAGACAAGUGCCGCGGUAUGCAAAGUUUUUGAAGGAGUUAUUCACUAACAAGAGGAGAUUGAGUGGAGAUGAAAAAGUCAGUGUAAGUGAGAAUGUGUCUGCUGUUUUACAGAGGAAAGUUCCUCCAAAGUGCAAGGAUCCAGGUAUUUUUACUAUACCAUGUAAAAUAGGUAACACGAGAUACGAUAAAUGCAUGCUAGAUUUAGGAGCUUCUAUUAAUGUCAUGCCUUUAUAUAUCUAUAAAGCUCUGAACUUAGGACCUUUGAAAGACACUCGAGUGAUUAUUCAGCUUGCUGACCGUUCUAAUACAUACCCUGUAGGAGUAGUUGAGGAUGUUUUAGUGCAAGUGAAUGAACUGGUAUUUCCUGCUGAUUUUUAUGUUUUAGAUAUGCCAAAUGAUGAAUCCCCUAGUGCAGCACCUAUCUUAUUAGGAAGACCUUUUCUGAAAACAUCUAGAACUAAAAUUGAUGUUCACAAUGGGGUGUUGACCAUGGAAUUCGAUGGGGAGGUUAUCUGGUUUAAUUUAUUUGAUGCCAUGAGAUAUCCCUCUGAUUGUGAAUCUGUUUCUAGUAUAGAUGUCAUUGAUGCACUAACUGAGCAGGUAUUCUUUCUCUCUGGUCAUGAUGGGUUAGAUGUUGUUUUGACUGCGCCUAUGGAAAAAGAAAAGUAUACUGACUUGCAGGAACAUUUUGAGCUUAAGGGGGAGUUAAGGAAGCUUUUUCCUCUCUGGAAAUACUUCCUGAUAAGCAAUUAAGGUAUGA